AUGGCUUCUCAACUCUUCUCCGUCCCGCGGGUUGGCCGCCAGCUGGUUAACCAGCUCCCCAAGUCCCAAUACAGAGCCUUCUCCGCCGGUUCGCAACGGCUCAGCGACUCCCUCUCCGUGCACCGCAACAAGCCCUACAACAACCCGACCCUCCCGUUCAAGUUUUCCGAGCAGAACCUCACACUCGCCGAUGAGAUCCUCAAGCGCUACCCUCCCCAGUACAAGAAGGCUGCCGUCAUGCCUCUCCUCGACCUUGGCCAGCGCCAGCACGGCUUCACCAGCAUCAGCGUCAUGAACGAGGUCGCUCGCAUGCUCGAGAUGCCCCCAAUGCGUGUCUACGAGGUCGCGACCUUCUACACCAUGUACAACCGCGAGCCCGUCGGCAAGUACUUCGUGCAGAUUUGCACAACGACCCCAUGCCAGCUUGGUGGCUGCGGUAGUACCGCCAUCGUCAAGGCCAUCACCGAGCACCUCGGAAUCACCCCCGGCCACACUACCGAGGACGGUCUCUUCACAUACGUCGAAGUCGAGUGCCUCGGCGCCUGUGUCAACGCCCCCAUGGUCCAGAUCAACGACGACUACUACGAAGACCUGACCCCCGAGUCCAUCAAGACCAUCCUGACUGCCCUCAAGGACUCCGCCUCCACCGGCAAGAUUCCCGCCCCCGGCCCGCUGAGCGGACGCGACACUUGUGAGAACAGCGCCGGUCUCACCAACCUGACCGAUGUGCCCGUGUGGAACCCCGAGGUCAUGAUGCGCAAGGACGGUGCAUUGGACGCCGCGCCCCAGCAAUAA